CAUCUGAGGUCAAAGUAGCCCUUAGACCGAAAUAUAAAUACACCAACACGCAAAAUGAGUCUAGCACAACAGGAACCCGCCGGCAUUAAUCCACGUAAUCCCCAUGGACUUGGUGAUCCGAAUGACACAACGUUGCGCAAGGUAGAAAUAGAGGUGUUAAUACCAAAAAUAAUGCGAGAUCGUGCGCGGAGCGAACUAUGUCCCAAAGAAGUGGCGGACUUCGAGGAAUGCUGUAAGGCCAGCAGCAUAUUUAUGGUGGCCACCUGUCGCAAGCAAAAUUCUGCGCUUAUGGACUGUCUCUCCCACUGGUAUAAAAACGAAGCCUUCAAAGAGGAGUGCAAGGCCAUCUACCUGAAAGAGCGGGCGGAAUAUAGGAGCACGGGCAUACCCAAAAAGCAUCGCGUGGAGAAAAUCUAGUUUACUCUUGUUAUUAUUUCUGUUUACUUUGCACAAAAGAUGUGUAGUUAAAGCGC